AUGGCUGACGAUACAACGAUUCCGAACCUCGACGUUCCUUCACCGCCACCUUCAAACGAAUCUUCCACCUCAGGCGAUAGACCCGAAUGCUUCUCUUCAACGCUGCAAGAAUGUCUGUUCGUGCUCACCGCAACGAUGUCAAUUGGAAUGAGUUCAUUCCUUUACGGAAUAUGUACAGUGAUCACAGCAUCAAUUGGAAGGACGUUGAACAUGACGAGUGCUCAGAUUACUUGGAUCAAUGCAUCAUCUGCGUUAACAUCAGGAGCUUUCCUCCUCUUCUUCGCGAAGGUUGCUGAUACCUUUGGUCGUCGCUCCUUACUUAUUUUCAGUAUGGCAGCAUUCUCAAUUUCGAGUUUGAUCGCAGGUUUCGCAACCAACCCAAUGUACCUUGAUGUCUUUGGUGGUUUGCUUGGCCUUUGGUCUGCUGCUGUUGUUCCGCCCGCUGUCGGCAUUCUUGGAGCAGCGUACAUUGUUCCAAGCAAGAGGAAGAAUUACGCAUUUGCUUGUUUCAGUGCGGGGAACCCUGUGGGGUUUGUGAUGGGGACGAUCUUUUCAGGAAUUGCAGCUCAUUUGUUCAAUUGGAGAGCGAGCUUCUAUCUUCUGUCUAUCAUCUACGUUGUCUUCUUUGUUGCUUCUGUUUGGACCGUGCCGAGGACGCAGCAAGUCACUGAGAAGUUCACAUUGAAGACGCUGAAGAGGUUUGAUCUGUUUGGUAUUUUGUUGAGUAUGACUGGAAUUGCAUUGUUCUGCUCUAGCUUGACCAUCGCUGGUGGUGCACCGCAAGGAUGGAAAACGAGCUACGUGCUGGUUCUGCUCUUGCUUGGUAUUGCAUUGAUUGCAGGAUUCAUUGGCUGGGAAGGAUUUUGCAAACAUCCAUUGAUGCCACUCGUGACUUGGCGGGACAGAGACUUCUCCUUGAUCAAUAUUAUCGUCCUUCUUGGCUUCAUGUCCUUCAGCACGAGCGCAUUCUGGUUGUCCCUUUACAUGCAGAACGUCCUGAAGUAUUCAGCUCUCAAAGUAGCCAUACAUCUCCUCCCUCAAGCAAUCGGUGGGAUUUUGGUGAAUAUUAUCGCGGGGUUGGUGCUCCAUAAGGUCAGCAGCAAAAUCUUGACGGGAAUUGGAGCCUUGUCGUACCUUGGCUCUGCUCUCCUCAUGGCCAACAUCAAGGAGGGAAGUUCAUAUUGGGCAUUCAUAUUCCCAGCACUUCUUCUCUCCGUCAUCGGAGCUGAUCUCGAGUUCAAUGUUGCGAAUAUGUACGUCAUGUCUUCGCUGCCUCCUCACCAGCAAUCACUCGCGGGAGGGAUCUUCAAUACCGUGAUCAAGAUAUGCUCUGCUGUAGGGCUGGGAAUUUCGGCAAGCAUUUACAACGCGGAAUCAACGGGGACGGCGGCUUUACAGACGACGCUGAGGCCGUAUAAGAUGGUGUUUUGGUUUUGUGUUGCGAGUGCGGGGACAAGUUUAUUGUUUGUGCCUUUCUUGAAGAUUGGGACGCAGGGUCAUAGUGCGGGGACGAGUGUGAUGAGUCUUGAAGCUGAGGGGAAGAAGGGAGGUGGAGAGAAGGCGGUUCCCGAUGUCGGUGAUCGCGUUGUAAAGGAAUAA